AUGGGCGAAGAAACCGCCAAGAAUUUAUUAAAAGAAAUGAUUUCUAAUUUUAUCACCCAAAACAAAAAAUAUCCUCAAGGGCUAGACUUAGAAAAUCAAGCCAAAUUUAUCGGCUCGGUGUUUGGCACUAAAUUGGAACAAGGAAAAAAAGAAGAAGUAAUUAAAGAAACCCGCACUGUUUUAAAUGGUCUGGUGGAAGCCAAAGUAAACGAAUUAGCCGCCAAAGAUUACGAUGAGACUAACAAAAGAAGUAAAAACCCUAACACCAUUAAAAAAUUAAGCGGAUUAUAUAACUUAACCAAUGCCACCAUUGAUUAUGAAAAAAGAAAGAAUAGUGAAGGGAAAUUAGUAGAAAAUAUUAAGGAAUUUUUACAAGGGGAUGAGGAUAUCUCUAAGUCAGAAACUUUAAAAAAACUAACCGAAGAAGCCAUAAAAGAGGACACCAUGGAUGGAUAUCGUAAUUUAUUGAAAUCUUUCAGAAAAAGUUAUGAGGAAUUGGUUAAGUUGAAAGGGGGUGAAACAGGAAUGACAAUCUUGGGGUUGGGACUUAGUGCCAUGGGCUACGGGUAUAAAAUGCAUGUUGACCGCAAAACCCUCAAAUUAGAAAAAAAUGACCUAGAACACCAACGCAAACAUUUAAUAAAUGAGGCAAGAAUUAAAGGGUUGGAAAGUGAUUUAUCACUUGUUAAGGCUUUUAAUAAAGACUUACAGAAAAAAAACGGAAGUGAACAAAAACAGAUUGACCAAUUGAAAGAGCGAUUAGAAAAACAAGCUGAAAAAUUAGAAAAAAGUCAAAAAACUAAUCGCAUUACCACCAUUACUAGUGUUUGCACAGUGGUUUUAG